CAUUUUAGUCUAUGGAUCUUUGAUUUCAAACACAGAACACAAAUAAAGAUCACAAAAACAUAAUUGAUUACAAUAUUUGCAAGAUUCGAAUGAAAAAGUUGGAAUAAAAAAGUUGCUUUCCUAUAAUGUCUACUUAUUAUUGUAGACUAUGUUUUGUGAGUUGCAAACCGGAAGAAACAUUACUUUUUUCUCAACAUGUAACAGAUAUAAUACAGUUUUGUAUUCCUGAGGUGAAUAUUAAACUGGUUAACAACCCUGUAUUGUGUCCAGAAUGUUAUAAUAAAUUGGAGCAGAUGCUUAACUUUAAAAAGAAAUGUUUGGAAGUUCAAAAUCACUUUGAAAAAAUAAUAGCGAAUGAUGGAAUAUGUGAUGAUGAAGGCUUGAGUGAUUUUAUCCACAAAGAAGAAACUCGAUUAAUACCAACUAAUCUGGAAGAAGGUUCUCAGCAAAUGGAUGAUAGUCUUUCUGUUCAAGAAGGUACUGAACUUCCAUUGAAUACACAUGUGCCUUUGUCAGGAAAAAACUGUAAUCCAUAUGUGAUUUUAUCUGAACCACCUUUCAACCCUAUAAAAAGUAUCACUAUUAAACCUAAUACCACUUCUAAGUGUAAAUCCUCAAAAAAGUCCAAAAUAGUUAAAAAUACAGUGGAAGUACGAUUUGAUAAAAAUUCUUGUAAAACUUGUAGCCUAUCUUUGAACAGCUUAAAUGAACUUAUUCAUCACUUAUAUACUAACCACCAAAAGAAUGAGGAAUUGUAUUCGUGCUUGAUAUGUAGGUUCAAAUCAAAAAACACAUCAUUAAUCCUUCAACAUUACCAGAAUUUUCACCCUCAUUGUAAAGAUCUGAAUGCAUCUUGUUUCUUUUGUUUGACUGAUAAGAAGACUUUCAAGGAAUUAAAUAAUCAUAUGACUAAAAAACAUAAUACUCAUUGUAAAUGGGGAAGAUAUUUUUGUAAUUCAUGUGACUUUGUCUCUAGAAGUUUUAUUAAUUUUAGGAAGCACUAUUUUCAAAGUCAUGAUCUUAUAUGUAAUUAUUGUUUAAGAUACUGUGGGACUGUUUCAAAUUUGAAUAGACAUUUGAGAAAACAUUUAGCUAGGUAAACUUUGUAGUUAACUUUGUUUCAACUGAUUUAACACCUUUUAUAAGAACUAUACAUUGAAUCAAAUAAAUUUUAAAUAUACUUUUUCUUUCUU